AGUAUUGCAGAGAAUAUUACAUUAUACAAUACAUUCGUGAAUAUGGGAGAACUUUCACCGUUAUUUCGAAAUGUUUUCACCGACAUAACGGGGGGCAUAGUAGACCACCAGCAGAUGGGGCGAUGUGCCAGACAAGAAAUGGACUUCAGGAAUUGUUUGGAAGGCUACGGUUGGGAUCGCGGCCUCAUCAGGUGUAAACAUCUGUUGGAAGAUUUUCAAGAGUGCCAGACUAAUAGGAAACAAUUUCUGCGUUUUAUGGCAAUGCGUAGAGAGCGCAACAGGAAAAUAGCUUGCGGAGAGAUCAGCAAAGACAAAGAAUAUGUGUCUCCAAGAAUAGAUAGUUAUUAACAAAUGCUACUGUUGAGCGAAAUUUA